AAUCUGAAAAGAGCGCGAGAGCAGAAUCUGUCGGUCAUGGAGUUGCGAGAGCAGCAGGGAGGCAAGGAACACAAUCAGCUCCCCAGGAGAAGAACAUCAAGUAUGUGUGCCGAUGUCGGCCACGAACACAAACGAGAAAAAGAGCGGGUCCCCAGAGCAGAGCGUGGUGCAGGCAACUCGAGGAAGGGAGAGCUGCAGGUGAGCAGGAAGUGGGGGACAGAACCACCACAGACUUCACCUUUGACAAGUCUAUGGACCGACUCAGACAGAUGACGUCUAUCGUGGCGUGGUCGAGCCCUCAUCGAGGAGGUUCUCAUGGGAUCCAACUGUACUGUGUUUGCAUACGGCAAACUGGCACUGGAAAGAGCUUCACAAUGGAGGGAGAAAGGAGUGCUGAUGGUCACUAUCCUGGGAAGAGGACCCACUUGCUGGCGUGAUUCCACGGUCAUUGCACGAACUCUUUCAGAAAUUGAAGCACAGCAUGUGUCGGAGUUCUCCAUCCGAGUCUCGUUCCUGGAACUGUACAACGAGGAGCUGUUUGACCUGCUCUCUCAGGUGGACGAGACCGGGACAAAACUCAGGAUCUUUGAAGACUCUGCCAGAAGGGCUCGGUGGUGAUCCAUGGUCUUGAUGAGAUCCAGGUCCACUCCAAAGACGAGGUGUACUCCAUCCUGGAGCUGGGUCGGGCCAGGAGACAGACGGCUGCAACCCUCCUCAACGCCCAGUCCUCCCGCUCCCACUCCGUCUUCUCCGUCACCGUCCACAUCAAGGAGAACUCCAUCGAGGGAGAGGAACUGCUCAAGACUGGAAAACUCAACCUUGUGGAUCUGGCUGGGAGUGAGAACAUCAGUCGGUCGGGAGCAGUGGACAAGAGGGCAAGAGAGGCCGGGCAGAUCAACCAGAGCUUGCUGACUCUCGGUCGAGUCAUCACUUCCCUCGUGGAGAGAGCUCCCCAUGUCCCCUAUCGUGAGAGCAAGUUGACGAGGAUCCUGCAGGACUCGCUGGGAGGACGGACCAAGACCUCCAUCAUUGCCACGGUCAGCCCCGCCGUGUGCAACAUCGAGGAGACCCUCUCCACGCUGGACUAUGCCCACCGGGCCAAGAACAUCACCAACAGACCUGAGAUCAACCAGAGACUCACCAAGAAAGCACUCAUCAAGGAGUACACUGAUGAGAUUGAGAGGCUCAAGAAGGAUUUGCUUGCAACUCGAGACAAGAAUGGAAUCUACAUUUCCCCCGAGAACUAUGCGGGCAUGGAGGCUUUAAUUCGCACACAGAGAGAGGGCAUGACUGAGCUCGAGGCGGCCAUUGCUGCAAACAAGGACGAGAUCACGAAAUUGAAUGCGUUGUUCAUGACGUCAAAGACAGAGCUGGAGGAGACAGCUCGACAGCUGGAGACGACCAGCCAGCGACUGGCCACCACGAAGGUGAGUCUGGAGUCGACGAGACAAGACCUCUACCAGACCAGCAUGGAGAGAGAGCAGAAGAGCCUCCUGCUACAAGAACACGUCGCCACAGAACAGACACUUCUUGGACAGGCCGGACAGCUGGUAGAGGUGGUGGAGGGUGCCAUUGGAGAUGUGGACGGACUCCACUCAAAGCUGGACAGGAAGACUAGAGUCGAGAAAACCAACACUUCCGCAGCCCGGAACUUUCAAUCUACAAUUGAGGGAGAGUUUGAGGAGAUGCAGCAGAGGCUACAGGAAUUCAGCACCACUCAGACCCAGUUCUGCCAGAACAUGUCACAGAGAAUAGAAGAGUGGAGUAGCGAGCAGGAGGGGUGUGUCCAGGGUAUCCAGGAGGGGCUGGAGGGAGUGGUGUCUCUGCUCCGCCAGUUCAGCCACCGCCAGACGAGUGGGGGGAGACAGAGGACCAGACACAUGCAAGACUCCCUCACACAAUCUCAGAGCGACGUCAGGCAGUUUCAGGAGAAUCUGGUGUCUGCAGCAGACGGUGUUCUAACAGUGACUCUUGCUCCGUUCCUGGCCGGUCUGUGCAGCCAGCUGGCUCUCCAGUCUUCUCUACUAACGCAGUCCACUGCCAGUCUCAGGGAACAGUUGCAGUCCCACGGUGACCUGGUCUCUCAGUUCGUCUGUGAGCAGAACAAGAAGAUCACAGAACUGAGUGCAGCAGUGCAGCAAGAGAACUCCCAUCAGCAAGCACAGAUGAGCAACCAUCAGGAGUCAAUAUCAGCUACUGUUGAAAAGCAGAGAGUCCUCUCAGAGCAACUGAGGCGGUCAGUGAUGGCUGAGAUGGAGCUGCUACUGGAGAGGACCAUGAGGCAGCAGCAGGAGCAACUGGAAGCCAAUCUGACACUGGUGAACUUGAGGAUGCAGAGAGCAGCCCAGAGUCAGCAAACUCACACCGACUGCCUUCAAAAGGAGUUGUCAGGUCUGGCCAAUGGGCUGAGUGGUCUGGCAGACAGCACAGAGAACCAUACCUCCACGGCAUCAUCUGCUCUGGACUCCAUACUCUCUCAGCAAGAGGAGACGAAGGGAGAGCAGGAAGGCUCUCUACACAGGACCAGAGAGGCCCUGGAGAGCGAACUUGCCACAUUCAAACAGAAAACAAAGAGUCGUACGGACGACCAUUGCAGGGAUAUUGGUGCCACUUCCAUGGCUCUGGCUACCCACCAGCAGCAGACUGAGACUGACAUGGAGAGUCAUGUGUCAAAGGUGGUGGAGUCUGUCUCCAGUCUCCAUUCCUCCCUGGUCUCUCUGGCGAGAGACGGUGCGUGCGAGGCAGCCUCCCAGUGGACGGAGGACACCACCACCCUCUCCUCUGCCGUCUUGACGUUUGCCGACUCUCAGAAGACCAGUGUGGCAGCCGCCGCGGAGACCGUCUCACGCUAUGUCUCUCAGGAGAUGGCUGUCGAUGUACCUACAGGUAAGACACCACAGAGGAGGGACUUUGUGUAUCCACGUGACCUGGCUCGGACUAGACCUGACUCUGAGCUCCUCAGAGACUUUCACCCCACAGUCUCCCUCCCUCCCCUCCCCGAGAGUGAUAGCGAGGAGGAGGAAGAGGAGAGUGGUGAGAGUGAGGUUCCUCCAUCGUUUGAUCUGUCUCAGGAGGACACCAGUGAGGUAGAGAGCCUGGAGACAACCACCACUUCGGUGGACAGCAGUGUGUCGUGCAAGACUGUCAUACUGACAGACUCAAAAGAGAACGCAGCGCUCUCCAAGACCACCCCGGCUACAAGCAAGCUCCCGGCCAGGAAGAGGCACGUGGCUGCGGGCUCCAGGAGCACUGGGUCCAAGAAAAGACCACUCACUGUCAAAAACUGAUGGACUCAUGUGUACACUUUAAUUAAUGACUUUAUUAUCCACCACUUUUUUUUUAGUGUUGUGUCAUUGUAUUAUUAUGCACACUGUUAUUUCAGCUGUUUUAAACUAAGUGAGAGAUUGCUCCAGUUUUGAGAGUCUGCUGAUGAAUGCCUUCUCUUUCUCUUGCAACUUUGAAAACAUCUCCGUCUGAUAGGUAGAAAGUGUUUCGGUGGUCAAAGAGUCCAUGACAGCCUUCAGCUCCUCUGAGGACACUUUCAUCGGUGCUUCACCUUCCUCCUGAGUCAAGUUAGCCAGGGCAGAAGAAACUUGGUCCACUUCAGUCUCCUCUGGCUCUGCUGGCUGUUCCUGCUCCUCUGCUGCUGGCUGAGGGGCCAGACACAUCUCAUACAGCUGGAGAGGAAUGGCCUCAUCCAGGGGUGGGGGACAGUGGGUGGAAAUUGGAGGUGGCAGCUCAACAGGCAAUGAGAGUUCAAUGAGUUGCUCGGUCUGUUGCUCGUCAAAGAGGAAUUGAAAGAGGCGGUAGUGCUGGAAGAGACCAGUUGUUACGCACUCUACGACUAGUCUGGCGGCCUCUGGAGUGAGACACUGCACGGCUGUCCUCUGAGACACGCCCACUCCAGCUAGCAGGUCCCUCAGCUGCUGGAUAUUGUCCACCAGUGAAAAGUGGUGCUCUUUGAGGUUGGUUAUGAGGGUGUGUGUGAUUCUAAUGAGCGUUGUAGUUUGCUCGUCUGUGAACUUAUGCUCACGGGCAAACUUGGAAGUAGAGUCAAGAAAAACAACUCUACUAUCUUCAGUGUUCAGAGUGUGCAAUUACAGUAACUAAUAGUGUGAGGUGAGUUCAGAGUGUGCAUUUAAUAGUGUGAGAUGGAUAUCAGUAUGUGGCGACAUAGCAGUCGACAAGUGCAGCCUCUGACAGGCUCUCUUCGUACUGGCCCAGGCCCAACACUGCAGCCAGCCUCCCAGCUAUCUGGUGAGGAUCGUCAAUCCCAGCCAGCUGGGCUGUCUCUGUCUUCCCUAACACCUUCCACGACAGCUGCUCCACCACCUCCUCUACUACCUCUCCUCCGUCUGGUUCCACGACCUCGGCCCCUCUCUUCUUGCCCUUUUCCUUGAGGCUGGAGCGCGAGCCAGACGAAUUUAGCUUGGUCUUGGAGCUCGAACGCGACAUGACGACCAACGACAGUCGUCUCGAGCAUGCAAGUACGUGCUGAGCCACACCUC